AUGGCGGCAAAGACCAACCGUGUGAAACAGGAACAGUUGCGUAAACGGCGUAACAACCUUCUCCGACGCCAUAACGACUUUUGGCGUCUUUACUCCAUCCGGAGCUGGCUAACUAUGGAGAUGCCGAAUGGCCGAAUUUACACCUAUCAUUCCCAUCCCGGUGUUCCCAUUCCGACAAUGGAACAGAUGAAUACUCGUUCACGACCUGCAGUCCACAGAACUCCCGCGGACUAUGUGGGGGAGAAGUCUGCGAAGUUAACGAUUCCCAAAGCGCCGACUUCUUCCAUUCCGAAGCGUCAGAAUGCAGUCUGGGAUUCCUUUGCCCGAUACAUGCAGUAUAUCAGCGCAAGAUGA